GCUCUUCCGCAUCUCGCCUCUCCCUUCAAUCGCUGUUCCAAUAUUAUACCAUUUGGCUGUACGAACUGGUGACGCAGCUAAACCAGCCUUCGCCGGUACAUUGCAAACAUGUGCAGGUGUGUUUUUUAGCGAUACGUUAGACGGCGACUGCUGCACCGUUGGUGCGGAGGAGCCGUCGGCACCGAGUAUCGGGGCCACGGGGUCCAAGCCCGGCACUCCCGCAGGGCAGACCCCUGGCAGCCCCGAACAAGUGGACCCUUUGCUCAACGGUCCGCCGGCCGUAGCCAUGGCGGAGCGAAACGCCGACGAGGCACCGAAAGAAGAAGCGAAGGUGGAGCAGCUUCAGGCUGGGGAACCGCCAGCGGCCCAGGAUGCAAGAGGGGGCUUAAGCCUGUGGCUGGCCAAGCCUCGCGUCAUGUGGUGGAUCGCUGUGCUCGUCGCUAUCCUCUUGGUGGCUGUUAUACUAGUAGCCACUCUGCUCACCAUGGACCGACGAACAAAGGAGGAAUGGGAAAUGGACGUGUGGGAGGAGCCCGGACCAAGGCUUAUGACAAUUUGGCCACGACCUCGGGGCCCGCACCGAUUCAUCAGAUUCCGGCAUGGGAGCCUUCCAUACGAAGGUCGCGGCUGGCCUGCGCUCACGGGUGAGCUGAAGAAGAUGCUCCACAGCUAUGAACCUGACGCUGCCCUGGAUAAACCACAGGUGCGUGAGUGCUUUGGUCGGCGCCCUGAACGUGGACACGUGUGCUUCUUUGACAUCCGUCGUGUGGCCCCGGAGUGUUCAGCGGCCAUGAACUUUGGUUAUGAGGACGGCAGCCCCUGCGUGUUUCUGCAGUUCUCCAACAUAAGUGGGUGGAGUCCGGAGCCUUACGCGGACCGAGACAACUGGGAAGUCCUGCCGGAAGAACUGCGCCAGCAACGGAGGCCCGCUGCUUUCCUGGAUUGCCAUGGAGACACGCUGCUCGAUCAGGAGAACAUGGGAGCGGUACUGUACACACCAGAGCGGGGAUUUCGCGCAGAGUUCUUUCCUUACCAGGGCGAGGAGAUGUACAUGGCUCCCCUAGUGGCUGUACAGUUUCGUCGCCCAACAUUGGGGCUGUCCGUUGCCGUAACCUGUCAACUGUGGGCCAGAAACAUCAACCACACGGCACCUGAAAGACCUCCGAGUGCAACCGUACACUUCAACUUGUUCGUUGAAUGAACUUGACGCGAUUGGCGUUUCUUGUUGGCGAGAAUCGUUCUCGAAUUGGAUACUGCCAUGUGGUCGCUGGCUCAACCAGUAUCUUAAAACGCACCACCUGUUUCAUGGCCCUGCCCCACCCUCCCCGUGUGCACAUGCCGACCAAUUCUAAAAGGGGGAAACAAAUAGAAAUGGCACAAACAACGGCAGUUGACAGGGACGUGCCUUAUUCUUACGCGUGUUUUCCUCGCUGAUUCGAAUAUUAAUUUUGCUUCGCAAAACAACAAAUUUUGCACCGAAGCACAGCAUGCAUGAACACAGGUCCACGACGUACCAAAGUUGAAACGUGCUAACCACAUGGGUACGGACGCCAUAAUAUGGGGAAUAGAAGAACAGAGCAUAAAGCGUGAUCGGUAAAGACCCCAGUUACAAAGCGCUUGGUGCAACGGGGGUUGUGACACAGAUGUACCAGACGGACCUUCAUCACCAAGGACGUUCAGCUUCACAGCAAGGCAGGUAGCAGACGAGAAAAAAUAAAUAAAAAUACAGGUGGAGACGUUUUGGAGGGCACAUAUAUGAACGCGACUAAUAGGCUCAUCAGUGCCGUUAUCGUUAAAGGGAUAGUUCGCUCUCCAAGCAGCGAUUCAUUGAUUUCUCUUGCAGGCUAGUGUAUUUCGAAUUUUAUCAGGUCCGUGCAUUAGGUUCCGGCUGCUCGAGCGGUAUGAUUUAAUAGAGAGUUUUAGUAGACCGUUGAUAACUUCACCGAGAAGCUACCGUAGCUCCUGGAACUAAUGAGAGCGUGCAUGACUCAGAAUCUUGUCUGUUGAUUGGGUGCUGUAGACAUGGUACUUUGCAAGCCGCGUUAUCGACAGGCUACUAACACUAACUAUUGUAGGCAUCUGAAAGCAACGAGAUUCGCGGAAGUAUGCUUUGCCGCGGAGAAUGACGUACGCGCGACGUCACUCUGACAACAAUGUGACGACAAGAGGGGGUUCCCGUUUCCCUGGCAGAGGUGCGGUUUCCUAUCGCCAGCCCUGAAGCAACGUCACGAGAAGCCACGCGGGCCGAUCGCAGCCUCCCGUUAUAUGCUCCUCUCCCGGCGCUCGGCCGCGCUGGUGGUGCCCACAGGAAAAUACCGAAAACUCGGAAAAUACAUCGAUUUCGAAAGUGAUAGACGGGGUGUUGUUCAUUGUCUAUUUCACACGUCCAGCACGGUUUUACCAGUUUCGCAAGGGAGCCAACUAUCCCUUUAAAGUGCAUAAUGACGCGCUUCGAGAUGAUACAUACGUAUUAAUAAGUUCGGGAUGCAGUCUUCUCGCCUUCCCUAGCCAUACGCUACCAGGGACAAACACGUUCACAACCCCCUAGGGGAGUGUGGGGAAAGUUCUACCGAGGGUAUGGACAGCCACCGUAAUCUCACUGCCAAAACUUGAAGUGAUUACCGUCGGAGGGAGCCGAGAGGAGGGAUUACUGUUGAGGGUAAACAUUACGCUUCUCGCGUUGUUGAUGACGUUUGAUGUCGGUAUCUGGAUGGAACUUUGGUCACAGUCCUCCUCUACGUGGACAUUCAUGUCUCAGGUGCUGCGUCUCUUCGCUUCUUCACUUCCGUGAGAGCUGCGCUGCACCCGUCACGGUUCUGCGUCCGCUUGCUGCUCUUAACUGGUAAUGAAAUGGUAAAUGCACGGUGUCGUCUACUGUUGAAAACUUUGCACGUACAUUAUUUUUGCUUGCCCGCUCAAGGUUCUUUAACGUGAACUGAAAUCUCAGCAGAUGGCACCAGAUGUAUUGGGGAGAUUAAGAAGAUGUAAGAAUUUCCAAAUUCGAGAAGUUCCAAAAGUCGUUAUUGGUACACCAGUUCACUAACUUGUACACAUUCUGACUUUCACUAUCAUAAAAAUUCAAAUAUCAUAAUCCACUAUCCGCCAACAUUCCAGAUCCGCAACACAAUGAGGAACGCGGUGGUCCAUUCCAUGUCUGUGCAUACGUACCUGUAUCGGGUGCAUGGAAAUGCAGAUCAUGUGCGCAGCUAGUGCAGCCCUCACUACGAAUGUGUGCCAUCCUGUACAAUGACAGAACAUUUUGAAAUGAAUGUAAUACAGUUCCACCUCUCGGACUGUGAGAUAACCAGUAUAAGCGAAGGGUGUGCACCUGAGGUAGAGUUUGCCAUCCUGGGUCCGAAUCUGGGGCAACAGCGGGUGUCAGAGGGAAACGAACAGCGAAACAGUUAGGGGAAGAGGAGUAUCCCAAGGUUAUCGCGAUUCGAAGGAGGCCGAACCACAAGUUCAACGUAAGAAAAGCCAUGGGGAACGAGACCAGCAGGAAGUGACGUCAUACCAUUGCCUCGAGGCAAGCUGCACGAACCUAACCUGGGCUAACCUCACUUGGAGCAACCAGCAAACUAGGGAACUGCAUUCAUAGCUGACGCGUAUAGAUAUCCGUCAGGAUGUAGCACCUUCCGCUCACCUCACUACUAAUCUCGUUCCCGGUGGCUACUCUAAAAACAGCUUACUUCAGCGCCGAAGAAGGAAAUCCUAGUAAAGAAACGUUAACGACUUGCGUUGAUUACAUCUUGGUACCGUAACAAACUUAAUUUUGUCAUGUCCCCCAUCGACAGCAAGGCAGCUUGUGACAUAAGGGACACGCGUUUACGAAUCUCGGUCCUUAGCGUCUCCUCUUUCGUGUUGCCUGACGGUGACUGUUGCGAUGUUCUGUGACGCUCCGUCCUCGGAGGAGGACUGAGACGGCGUAUGCAGAGUACUACUCUCCUUUUCCUAUGGGGCCAAUUGGCAACGCAUAAAUGGGAGAAUUUACCGGUCGACAUGGGAAGCGUGUAGUGUCUGUGUACGCCACUUGCUGAAACGCAUCGGGAUGUAUUAUGUGCUGUUUGUCGAGUGUACUAUGUUUCGCUGGCACGCCGGUCAUUCGCGGAGGUUUCGCACCACGUUUGCUCUCACCGACGUCCUGUACAUAGGAGCAUUUUUUCAUUCUCUGUAUAUAUAAAUACUAUAUGAUACAUACAUAUAUAUACAUAUAUGUGUGUGUGUGUGGAGGCAGACUUCACCUAUGUAUGGCUAUUAUACCAUAGUGCGUGCUCUUACUUCUGUUCACAUUCGCCAAAGUUAUCAAUAAAGCCUUUCGAGCGCACUGUUC